CCCAGAUCACGCACGGGCGCACGAGGGGUGCACGAGGAACAGCCAUGAAGGACCUCAGGGAAAUUUAUGUGUAUGGCGUCUUUUCUUCUUCGAGCAGCGCCGAAUUUCGGCGUGCUGACCGCAUGCUGCCAUGCAGUGACCACCUCCUCGCCGGCGGCGGCGCCCGCCCACGCGCAGUAUGCCGCGCGGGGGCGCUUGCCGUGCACGCGCACGCGGCGCAGGCCGAAGCCGCUCGCGACGGUCUGCCCCGGCGGGGCGAGGCUCAGCCGCCCGCCCGGCGGUCAUCGAAUGACCGCGUCGACCUGCGCGAUCCUGUCUCCCAGCCUGCCCGCACGGCGCUCGAUCGCCAGCUGGCGAUAGACAGCCUCAAGGCGAGCGGUGGGCGCUGCCCUGAUUCUGCAGCAUUCCGCCCCACCGAAGGUCAGGAACACGAUCGAAUCGCCACUGAGUGACGCCUGGAGGAGCAACGUCGGCAAGAGCUGGGCUGCGUAAGUCAGGUGAUGCUGUCCCGCCAGAGCGGGGAGGUCGCACUGGCCCCAGUAGUUGUCGCCGCAGGCCACCGCUGUGCCGUCGCGCCUGAGAAGAACUAGCGGGGAGGUCGCACUGGCCCCUGUAGGUACUGCCACAGGCCACCGCUGUGCCGUCGCACCUGAGCAGAACGGUGUGGGCCUCUCCCGCGGCGACUUGGGUGUACGACUCCCCUACGGCCAGAGCGGGGAGGUCGCACUGGCCCCAGUAGUUGUCGCCGCAGGCCACCGCUGUGCCGUCGCGCCUGAGAAGAACUGUGUGGAGAGUUCCUGCGGCGACCUGAGCGUACGACUGACCGCUGGCCAGACUUGGGAGAUCGCACUGGCCCGCAACAUUAAAUCCACAGGCCAACGCCGUGCCGUCGUUCCUGAGCAGAACGGUGUGGAGAGAUCCUGCAGCGACCUGGGUGUACGAUUCACCACCAGCCAGAGCGGGGAGGUCGCACUGGCCCCUACUAUUGCUGCCACAGGCCACCGCUGUGCCGUCGCUCCUGAGCAGAACGGUGUGGAACUCUCCCGCGGCGACCUGGGCGUAAGACUGGCCGCUCUCCAGAGCAGGGAGGUCACACUCGCCCCAAUAGUUGCUGCCGCAGGCCACUGCUGCACCGUCGCUACUGAGCAGAACGGUGUGGAGCUCUCCCGCGGCGACCUGGGCGUAAGACCCACCGCCAGCUACCAUUGGGAGGUUGCACUGCCCCACGGCUGUGUCGCCGCAAGCCACCACUGUGCCGUCGCUCCUGAGUAAAACUGUGUGUCUGCCUCCCGCCGCGACCAUCUUUCCAAGAGAACUGGGCGCAAGAAGCGCUCUGCCCAGCCGGGCGUUCUGACGGCAGCGUCCCAGCUCGAGCCACGCCCGGCAUGAGCCAGAGCGGCU